AUGAAUAUUCUUAAAACUCGUUAUCCAGAACUAUAUGCUCUCCACCAAGCGAUACCGAAUAUCGAUCAUGACGGUAAAGAUCUUUUUCGUGGACUAUACCUCACAAAAAAGAUGACAAAAAAUCAAGAUCGCCAUUGGAAAGACCUGCUUGCAAGAAAACAAACUUCAACUGAUAAUCAAUCAUUUCUAUCGAAUCUCUUGCACAGUUGUCAUAGGAAAAAUCGUUUAAACAUCCUCCUAACAAAUAUUGAUCUCAAAAUGAAUAAUCAUGAUUAUCUUUCGAAAAACUCGCUAAUAUCGCAUAUCUAUUUAUCAAAUAUAUGGUUCGAACGACGAAAACUACUAUCGGAUGAAGCUGUCAUAUAUCUGUUAAGUGAAUUUACGAUUAUUGAAUGUUUAACCCGUAAACGAAAGUUAUUCAUGCAAAUAAGUGGUACACAUGAAACAUUUUAUAGUUUACCUUAUUAUAUCGCUAGAAAAGCGGAAGAAAAGCAGCAAGCGCAUAAACGGGCAAAGAAAAUCAACACUAGGAAACGAACAAUUCAAUUUCAUUUACACGCUACUAAAGAAGGACAACAAGCACAUCUGACAGAUUUGUAUGAAACAUCAAUUCCAAACCAUUUGAUGCAUUAUCAUGUCUCAAAAUUCGAACGAUUUGAUGUCUAUUCUCCAAUUGAAAAAGCUUACAACGGAGAAAUGCUAGUUGAAGCUUUCUUUUCGUCUGAUUUUAGCAAAGGAUUCUUUAGUCAUCGACCUAAGGAAGAAGUGGAGCAAAUCCGUGAAAAUCUCAUUCCGAUCUUCGAACGAUUUCGAUCGAACCAUCACGAAUUCUACCUUCGCCGUCGAUCACGUCUACCUCUUGCCUACACUCUUCAUCAUAUUCCGGAACCUACAGCUACAGUGGACCAAUUGAUAUCUCUGACAACACCGCUCGCUACUGUUCAACAUUUUGUUCGUGUUUGGUUAACACAUGUUUUUCCAGUUGAAUUAUUCGGCACAAAAUAUAAUUCUCGAUUAUUCAUCCGUCGCAUGUGUUUCAUUCUUCAAUUACCACGCAUUCAGCAAUAUUCGCCAGGUGAAGUAAUGCAAAAAUUAAAACUAAACAAAUGUCAAUGGACAAUCAUCUCGAACAAGUUAUCAUCACUUGUUCGUCAUCUGUAUUUUGGUCAUUUAAUAUAUUUUCUUAUUCAUUAUGUUCUGACACUAAGUCGUUCGUAUUUCUAUGCUACAGAAGGAUCUUCACCAUCUCAUCCAUUAGUUAUGAUCUUCUAUCGACAUAAGAUUUGGUAUGCUAUUCAACAGAAAUCUCGUUGUGAACUAUUGGAAAAAGCUUGCGCCCCAACAGUUCAACAAGAAUUUGUCAGUGAUUGUCAUGAUAUUCGUUAUCUAUGGAAGGUACGCUUUGUACCGAAGAAAGCCAGCGUUCGUUAUCUAGCCUGUGCUCAAGAAGGAAUCAAUACGAAAGAAAAUAUCAAUCAUUUAAAAUAUACAAAUGAAGUUUUGAAGUAUCUGCGUCGACACAACAAGCAUUUAUUAGGUAUUGCUACAUUUAAUCGAGUAGAAAUGCAUCGACGCUGGCAAGAAUAUUGUCAAACAGCACCGAAAGUAGAGAGCGGAAGCAUGACAUACUUUCUAAGAAGUGACGUGUCGAAUUUUUACGAUUCAAUCAAUAUUGAUUGUUUAGAUCAAGCACUGGUGGAAUUUCUCAACGACUGUGAAUUCAAUUACAACUUGCAUAUACAUACUAUUUAUAAAACCCAGUAUCGUAACGGCCGGAUCAUUCGCAAACGAACUCUCUUUUGGGUUGGUAAAGAAAAUGAAUCGAUGUGUGCAACACUACUCGAUGAUACAAAACCAGUCAAUAAUGGUAUCUUUCAUGAUAUGGUCAUCCACGAAGGACACAUUGAAGUAUAUGAUAGAGCCAAACUAUUGAAAUAUAUUCGUGCUCAAUUAUACAAUUCGUAUCUUUACACGCGUCAUUCGACAAUGUCAUCGAUUAAAUCAUACCGUCGCACAGUUGGCAUCAAUCAUGGUUUACGUAUCGCGUCAAUGCUUGGGCAAAUCUAUCUAAAUAAAAUUGAUAAUGAUAUCAAGUUUAGUCCGUUGGAAGACGAGUUCGCGGUUCGACAUGAAGACGAUCUUUUGAUCAUUUCUCCACAUCGUUACCGUCUCCGUCGAAUUAAAUUACAUAUGAAUCAACGAUUGAAUGAAUUACAUCAUAUAACAAAUCCGUUGAAAACUUCGCUGAAAACCAAAACCAAUAUUCGCCAUAAGACAAUGAAAAAAAUCCGUCCUGUAGAAUAUUGGGGUUCACUUGUCGAUAUUCAGUCACGGCAAAUCUUUGUUUCCAUCAAUCCCAACGAAAAUAUUCAAAACAAAAUCAAUCACUUAACCAUCAAAGUCACGCGUGAACCCGGUUACAACGUUCGUCAAUCGUUAUUAAACGCUCUGAGCCUUCGCUCACAUUCCUACUAUUUCGAUCGUUUAUAUACGACAGCGAACACGUUAAUUAAGAACUUCUAUUCGCUCUCAUGCUAUUAUUUCAAACGUUUACAUUCCAUAUGUUAUCGUUUUGCUCAAAUCUAUUCGAAUCAGUACGUGCAGUCGAAAAGUUUAUUCCUGUUCCGCACUAUUCGUUCAGGAUUACGGUUGUUAAUCAAAAAAGCAUUUAUAUUCAGUCAAAAAUCAACAAUGGUGAUCAAUCAAUAUCAACAUUCAAAUCGUUCGCUAAUAUAUCAUUUUCAUGACGGAUCUCAUUUCUUUUCUGACGAAGAAGUACUAGGCGAACCGCAGACAACUUUUGUCGCAACUAAGAAUUAA